AUGAAAGCACUUAUUAUUAUUUGUUUUUUUUUUGUAGUUUGCAAGCCUGCUGCCGCUUUGACGCACAAUGUUCGCAGCGCAGCAGCGCUUUCCCCGUUCGCCUUCGCUCCCCCGCAGCCCGAGCCGCCCCCGCAGCCGCCGCAGCCGCCGCAGCCGUACGAACGGCCCGCAGCCGCGGCUGCAGAAAAAGCCGCAAUUCAAAAAGAGCUGCUGCAGCAGGUCGAAGAGGCUCGGGGAGAAGUAGAGGAGGCGCUGGGAGGCCAGCCCGCGGCUGCGCAGCCGGAGCAGGAAAAAGAAGAAAAGGCGCGAUCCAAGGGGAACUUCCUCACGAAAAUCAUCGAAGAAGCCUCCAAAAUAUUCGCCGUGUUGAAUAUUUGGUAUAAAUUCGAAAAGCAGAUGCCCGCGCCGCCCGAGACCACCGCCGCCGCCGGCGUGACCACUGGUCCUCCCGCCCUUUCGGAGUCCGCGGCGUUUCAAAAAGAAGUUCUUCAAGACCUUCAAAAAAACUCGGAAAGCCUCCCCCUCUCGACGCAAGACAUCCGGGAGUUUGAGAAGGCCGCGUCCCGCGGCAGCGAGUGCAUGCAGGACUUCUCGGUGUUGUGUCCGCUGGACUUCGAGCAGCAGGGGCCGAGCUGCGUGGCAACAGCAGCAUACAAAGGGCCCUGUGGGGCGCAGCAGCCGGAGCUGCAGCAGCUCAGCAGCAGCUCCAAAGCAGCCUGGGCUGCUGCAUGCAAAGCCCGCUACCCCUGCAGGCCGCUGCAGUGUCCUGGGGGUGCGGACUACUCGGAGGCUUGCCCGUUGGGUUGGCGGCAGCGUGCUGCGGACGGCCGCUGCGAGCCUGCUGCUGCUGCAGCAGCAGCAGCAGCAGCAGCAGCAGCAGCAGCAGCCUGCGGCGAGGAGCUGCUGCGCGGCGACGCAGACCCCACGGCCAAGGCCCGCUGGGAAACCCUCUGUGGGGUCCAGUGGCCCUGCAAGCAGCAAAGCUGCCCCACAGACUUCAGCAGCAACUGCCCCAAGGGCUGGGCCGAGGGGCCCCCCGGCUCUGCGCGCUGCAGGGGCCCCCCGGGCUACGGGGGCCCCUGCCCUUUGCUGCUGGACUUGUCGGGGUACAGGGGCCGCCCGCAGCUGAAGGCGGCGCUGCAGCAGCGCUGCGGCCUCGCCUGGGGCUGCAGCACCAGCAGCAGCAGCAGCAGCAGCAGCAGCAGCAGCAGCAGCAGCAGCAGCAGCGGGAGGAAGCGGAACUUCGGGGCCCCCUGCCCCCUCGGCUGGCAAGAACUUGACUUCCACUUGUGUCGGGGGCCCCCCUCUUUCAUUUCUUCGGAAAAUUGCCCGCGGGAAAUUUCUUUAAAAUCCGAAGAAGACCGCCGGGCCUUUGCUGCGCUUUGCAAAGUCCGCUUUCCCUUCCAAGCGCUCCAGACAGAACUGGCUGCGAAGUGGACUUCGGCUUUGUGUGCCCUGUGGGCUGGACGGACUCCGGCGACGGGCAGCUCUGCCGGGCGCCGCAGAACUACAGGGGCAGCUGUGAGUGGCCUGACCACUGCAGCAACUCGAGGUGACCAGUGGUCACCUGCUGCUGCUGCUGCUGCUGCUGCUGCUGCUGCUGCUGCAGGCGGCCAAGAAGUGGCCUUCGGCGCACUCUCGCAGCAGCAGAAGCUGCAGCAAAUGGCUGCCUGCGACGUCCAGUGGCCCUGCGUUGGAGAGUUCCAAGAAGCAGCAGAACCAGCAGCAGCAGAACCAGCAGCAGCAGAACCAGCAGCAGCAGCAGCAGCAGCAAACGUAAGUCGCACACGGCACCGCCGAGCCACGCAGCGGCGGGCUGUACGUACACCCCACAGACACCUGCAGCAGCAGCAGCAGCAGCAGCAGCAGCAGCAAGACGAAGACGAAUGA